GUUGUAUUACCGAUUAAGCGAUCAUCAUUUCCCUGUUGAUUGGAGUUUAGUGUUUCUGAAUCAUACAAUCUGAUACAAUCAUGGUUGACCGACUUGUAAACAGUGAAGCUAAUUCCAGGCGGAUUACGAUGGUGGAAAACUGCUUUGGCAGUUCGGGUCAACCACUUGCCGUGUCGGGACGAGUUUUGGUCGGUGAAGGAGUUUUAACAAAGAUGUGCCGAAAAAAGCCAAAACCAAGACAAUUUUUUCUAUUCAACGAUAUUUUGGUCUAUGGAAAUAUAGUUAUUAAUAAGAAGAAGUACAAUAAACAACGUAUUAUUCCUUUGGAAGAAGUAAAACUUGAAUCGUUGGUUGAUGAUGGACAAUAUCGCAACGGAUGGGUUAUAAAAACUGUAACAAAAUCAUUUGCCGUUUAUGCGGCAACUGCCACAGAAAAACAAGAAUGGAUGGCGCAUAUAACAAAAUGCAUCGAAGAUCUUCUCAGAAAAAGUGGAAAGAAACCUGUUGAAAAUCACGCUGCAGUUUGGGUUCCCGACAACGAAGCAACAAUUUGCAUGCACUGCAAUAAAUCACAAUUCACUAUUUUAAAUCGAAGGCAUCAUUGUAGACAAUGUGGCACUGUUGUUUGUGGACCUUGCAGUAACAAGAGAUUAAUAGUAGCAGGACAAGGAACUAGAAAGGCAGUUAGGGUGUGUCUUCAAUGUUACGAUGCAGUAAGCAAAGCAUCUACAUCAACACUUAUGGAACAAGAAAAUUUUGGUGAUAAAUAUCAACAGCGUAAUUCCGCGGACAGUUCGGGAGGCGAUAGUUCCGGAGAUGAUGAUGAUGCAAAUAAAGAAGAAAAGCACGAUGAGCCUAAAUUCUAUUCUACGCUUGCCCGAUGAAUUUCAAGAGUCGCAGUUCUAUGAAUUAAGAAAGAUAUAAAUAUUUUUCUAUACAAAUUGCAAAAAGGCCAAUUAUGAAGAUCAACGAUCUUGUGGGGGAUAAAAAAAGACUAAUAAUGUGAGAAACAUCUUUGAGAGAUUUUUCUUUGAAAUUAAUUAAUCGGUACAUUGAAUCACAUUAUUAUUUUUUAUUUUAUUUUCUUUUAUUAUUUUUUUUUUUUUAAUUUUUUAACUAUUUUUCUAAAAAGGUACUUGGUCAAUAUAAUAUAUUUUUUAGUUUGCGAUUAAAUAUACGCACAAAUUAAUUUUAAAUCUAAGGCGCAUAUACGUCAAAAUGAAAAUUAUAAUAUUUAAAAAGUGAAAAUUUAAGUUUGAGAUUUUAAUUCGUUUUAAAACCGUAAUCAUUGUGCAUUCUUUUCUUUUUUUUUGCACUUUGCUCAAAACAUCGCAUUUACAGAUUAUAACCAAUCAAUCAAUCGUUGAUAAUUUUACUGAAUUAGCGGGGAAAAAAUUUAUUUUUAUUAUCAUGAUCUGGAAUCAUAAAGAAUCUCAAACGAAGUUUCCCAACUUGGAAAUAAAUAAUAAUAAUAUAAUAAUUAAACUAAAGAAAAAAAUUUUUAUUCAAACGUAAAAUUAUUGUAAAGAAAACUAGUAUGAAGAAGUUUCAUAAUUUUGUAGAUCAGAAAUGAUUAAUCGAAUAUUUUUAAACACCUAGUAAAUUCAUAAAAUAGUUUUUAAUUUUUAAUUGAAAAAUUUUGUAAAUCUAUUUUUAUUCACAAUUUUUAUAUAAAUUUUUUUUACCCAUGUAAUUAACGCUUUUACAAAAGAUGAAUUUUACUUGAACGAUAAAUAUAAUUUGAAUGAUUAAUCAUUUCUGAUAAUAGAGAAUAAUUAUAAUAAUAUUAAUAUUAAUAAUAUAAUUAAAAUUUUAAACAGCUAAACUGCUUAAAAUAGUUUAUUUUACAGAAACAGAAAAAACCAAUACAGCGUAGAAAAAUAUUGCGCUCUUCGUCUAAGUUUUUAGGAACCGCCACUUUGUGCCUUUUUGAUCAAAUUAUUUCAAUUAACCCUUUUGUAUUUAGGAAAGAAAAAAAAAAUUUGUAAUUUAAGAUUUUUCAUACUGAAUCCCAGGCGUCAAGAUGCAGACGUAAGAAAAAGAAAAAUUUAUCAUUAAUAGGGAAAAAUUUUCGAGUUUUUAUGAUUCAAUAUUAUUAUCAAGCUCGCCGAGAUCAGUUUUUAAACGCAAUCAGUAUUUGACUGUUGCUAUUUCUUGACUCUUUUGAUACUUCUAUAUAUAUAUAUAAGAAUUAAAUCUGCUUUUUCUAAAUCGA